AUGGCAGAUAAGCAGCUAAAACCGCAAUUACUUGCAAGAAGGAAGACGCUUAUUGAUUGUUUGGGUCGGGCGGAGGCAUUUCUGGCUGAAUAUGAGGCAGAACGGGAUCAGAGCCAAGCCCAAUUAAGAAUUUCGCACCUGGAUAACUUAUGGGCUAAUUUGGAGCAAGUACAGAUGAGUUUAGAGGAUAUGGAGGCCGCAACCGAAGGUAGGAUGCUACAUGAUGAGGUUCGUGCCAUGUUUGAACCUCGGCUAUUCGCAAUAAAGGCGAAUCUAUUAACUAAGCUAACCCCUCUUCUAGAUAAUGCACGUAUUCCUCAACCCCCGCAUGCAAACUCCACUCUCUCGGGCAUAAAAUUGCCAACAAUCGCACUACCUGAAUUUGAUGGGAACUAUAACGAUUGGCUGACUUUUCAUGACACUUUUCUUGCGUUAAUUCACAAUAAUAUGGACGUGCCGGCCAUUCAAAAAUUUCAUUAUUUGAAGGCAGCUGUAAAGGCUGAAGCGAUACAAUUACGCACGGAACUUGCUAAUAUGCUAGGUAAAGGCGGUUUCGUUUUGCGCAAAUGGAGUUUCAACGAACUUGCAGUGCUACAAGGAUUAGACGAAACGCAAAUCGCUACCAAAUCAACCGUGCAUUUCAGCCCAAACGAAACGAUUGAAACACUAGGAAUAUGUUGGGAGCCUGAAGCUGAUUGUUUGCGAUUUGAAUCAAACGCCGCUAGUGAAGUUUGGCCUCCCACGAAGCGAUCGAUUCUGUCCAGCAUUGCUAGAUUGUAUGAUCCGCUCGGCAUCAUCGCUCCUAUAGUUAUUAGAGCCAAAAUCUUAAUGCAAGAGUUAUGGCAGUUGUCUUGUGAGUGGGAUGACCCUGUGCCGGAGCCCGUUCAGCGAAAAUGGAAAGAACUUCACGCAGAGCUCCCGGAAAUAUCAUCAUAUCGCGUAAAGCGUUACGCUUUUCUGCCGCAUUCCGCGAUUCAACUACAUACUUUCGCUGAUGCGUCAGAGAUGGCCUACGGGGCUUGCUCCUACGUUCGAUGUGAAGAUGCGGAAGGAAAUGUACAAAUUCGAUUGUUAGCCUCUAAAUCAAGAGUUGCUCCACUUAAGAGCCUUACCGUCCCUCGUUUGGAACUUUGUGCGGCAGUAUUGGCAUCUCACUUACAUGCCCGCGUGAAGGAUGCAAUCGAUACCUGCGUAGUUAAAUCCUAUUUCUGGUCUGACUCUGCCGUCACGUUGCAUUGGUUACGGUCGCCGCCUAAUAUGUGGCAAACGUAUGUUGCGCAUCGGGUAGCUGAAAUUCAGCACUUUACCAGUGGUUGUCGUUGGAGCCACAUUUUUGGCAAAGAAAACCCCGCUGAUAUAGUUUCGCGUGGCUUUCUUGUCAACGAUCUGUGGAAGUAUGGUCCUGCGUGGUUGACAUACUCUGAACGAGAUUGGCCAGUUUCCGUGCUUCCAACAGUCCCAGAAAACCAGCUUGAAUGUAAGGUAGUUUCCGCGAUUUCAACAACAUUGCCCGUCCCGCUCGUACACCCGUGGUUCCUACGAUGGUCUUCUUACACGAAAAUGGUUCAUGUGAUCGCCUAUUGCAUGCGGUUCGUCGUGAAUAUUCGUGAUAAAACCAGAACGCAGCCUCAACCUAUGAUGAGUGAUGUCAGCAAAGCAUUAUCCGUUGAACAAAUCCGUAAAGCCAAUCUGUUUCUAAUACGCCAAGUUCAAGAUGAAGCAUUUCACCAUGAAAUGAAAUAUAUAGAAAGGAACAGAUCGAUUUCACCGGGAUCGAAAAUUCGCCCAUUCGUCGACGAAGAGAGAGUGUUGAGAGUAGGGGGACGCUUAAGCCUUUCGCAGCUGCCAGAUCAAACCAAACAUCCCAUCCUGUUGCCUGGCUUUCAUCCUUUCACACGUUUACUAACAGAGAGAUAUCACAUUAAAACGCUUCAUGGCGGGGGGCGUCUGUUACUAACGGCAAUGCGAGAGGAAUACUGGCCACUGCAAGGCCGCCGUUUGGCGCGAAGUAUUGUGCGUAACUGCUUUCGUUGUACACGCGUUAAUCCUGUGCCUGUGCAACAGCAAAUAGGGCAAUUGCCAGUUCAUCGAGUCAUCACCAGUAGACCAUUCAAUGUCACUGGUAUAGACUAUGCAGGCCCCGUUUAUCUUAAACCCAUUCACAAACGAGCUCCCGCCGAAAAGGCUUACUUCUGCGUAUUCAUAUGUUUCGCUACUAAAGCGGUGCACAUAGAGCUGGCUAGCGAUUUAUCGACCCAAGCCUUUUUAUGCGCCUUCCGACGUUUCAUUGCCCGGCGGGGACGUCCAGCCCAUGUUCACUCGGACAACGGCAAAAAUUUCGAGGGUGCGAAAAACGAAAUGGAAAAACUUUUUAAUAUGCUCAAGAAUCCACUCGAACAGGAAAUAAUACAUGCCGCUUGCAUCGCCGAAGGAAUUACCUGGUGUCUUACGCCACCAAAGGCCCCGCACUUCGGCGGGUUGUGGGAGGCGGCGGUCAAGGUGGCUAAGAAACAUUUGUUUCGUCAGCUCGGUGCAUCAAGAUUAUCAUUCGAAGACAUGAGCACAAUUUUAGCACAAAUUGAAUCCCAAAUAAACUCAAGACCUCUGCUGCCACUUUCGGAAGACCCCAACGACCUAAGUGCAUUAACGCUGGCCCAUUUUCUCAUCGGCACCACAAUGAACGCCCUGUCCGACUCAGACCUACGCCAGGUUCCAAUGAAUCGUUUGGACCAUUAUCAGAAGCUGCAAGCGUACACUCAAAACUUUUGGGAACAUUGGAAGCGGGAAUACCUGCAGGAACUGCAGAUAGACACAAAAGGAUACAGCCGAAACGACGAAAUUCAACCCGGAAUAAUGGUAAUUGUUGUGGACGAACUACAAGCACCGAUCCGAUGGCCGCUCGCUCGCAUCGUCAGUGUUCACCCAGGAAAGAAUAACAUCACCCGUGUAAUUACACUGCGAACGGCAAAGGGAAUAAUCAAGCGUCCGACGGCAAAGAUUUCUGUUUGUUGCCGUACACCUCGCCAGUAUCCGACGAGGAAUCCACUACUGCAGCGUCCAUCAACCCUCAACCGGACCGGCAAGUGUCACUGGGCACUCCAUAAUAGCCUGCAACGUUGA